AUUAUGGGCCCGUCUGGAGUUGGGAAGAGCACUUUUAUCAAUCGUCUUGCAGGGAGAGACGACGUUGUCAAGGUUGGACACGACCAGACAAGCUGCACCACAGAACUUCAGCCGGUUGUUAUCGAUCCGCCGUCUUCAAUUUCGCUGCAAAACAGAAGAUUGGUGCUGGUCGAUACUCCUGGAUUUGACGAAACUUUCGCAACGGAAUCAGAAACCUUGAGGCGCAUUGCUUCUUGGCUUGCGAAUGCCUACAGCGCUGAUACGAAACUUAGUGGCGUUAUCUACCUCCAUGACAUUUCGUCAGCCCGAAUGAAGGGGACGAGCGUGAGGAAUCUUGAAGUUUUCCGAAAACUUUGUGGGGAUCGCGCUUUGCGAAGUGUUCUUCUUGGUACGACGAAAUGGAACCAAUUGGAACGCCAUUCCGAAGGAGAAGAACGUGUAAAGCAACUACGUGAUGAAUUCUGGAGGGCAAUGAUUGAACAUGGGUCGAUUGUGCAUAACUUUGAAGGCACGCCGGAAUCAGCAUGGGAGAUGGUGGAUGCGGUUCUUGCACAAGUUGCAUGUGAUGUGAUCAUCCCGUAUGUGACUCAUCCUUUGUGA